AUGGACAAGCCGGCUGAUAUCGUCGCACGUCGACGUGGAUACUCGAGCUCCAGUGACCGGGACAGUGGCUAUGUCAGUCCAUCGAGUGCGGAUGAAUCUCUCGACGCAGCCAAGUCGCACGCGAGGGCCGCAUCGUCACAAAAAGCUGUCACGGCGACUUCUUGUCUCCUUGAAGAGGAUCUACAACGGACACCGACUGCGAACUCCUCAGCACCGGUUCCAAUCAACGAGCUAGUGCACGAAUUGAUCUUCAAGGACAUAAUUCCUACAGACCCAGCAAUAUGUGCUCACGACGGAGGUCUUACAUAUGGCGAGCUAGAUCGCUUAUCGACCGUCCUUUCCCGGAAACUCAUCGAGCUCGGAACAGGCCCGGAGAAGAUCGUGCCACUGUGUUUCGAGAAGAGUAUGUUCAUGCCAGUAGCAAUGCUGGCAGUGAUGAAAGCUGGGGGAGCCUCAAUGGCGAUAGAUGUCAGUCAACCAGAAACCCGAUUGCGUACGAUGGUCGAUCAAGUAGAGCCAGAGGUCAUUCUGUGCUCUUCAAGUUGCAAUACCCUCGCCCAUGCCUUGCGCCCUGGAGCCACCAUUGUUCCGGUUGGUGAAGAAACUCUCGCCGGCGAAUCUCCAGUCGACACAGCCUCAACAAAAGCCUUCGAACGACGAGUGAACCCAUCGAACACUCUUUACAUUGUGUUCACGUCAGGAAGUACGGGAACUCCAAAGGGCGUCGUCAUCACGCACAGCAACUUCAGCAGCGCUCUGAGAUACCAGACUUCUCAUCUUGGCUUUCGCAGAGAUACGAGAGCUCUCGACUUUGCGUCAUACGCCUUUGAUGCGGCGUGGUACAAUACUUUACAUACGUUAUCAGCUGGUGGCUGCCUUUGCAUACCAUCGGAGAACGACCGCAAGAAUGACAUCAACGGCAGCAUCCAAAGACUGCGACCGAACUUUGCAAACUUCACGCCGAAGGUGGCUGAACUUCUCGAUGAUGCGUCACUGCAGCAGCUGGACCUGAUCGAACUUGCAGGCGAGGCUCCAGAUGCGCGGCAAGUGGCCCGCAUGAGACAAAAGACAUCCGUGCGCUUCGCAUAUGGUCCGGCAGAGUGCUCAGUCUUGUCAACCGUGACUACUGAGCAUGCGAUAUCUCCGAACAUUGGUUUUGGAGUCGGCAUCUGUACUUGGAUAGUUGACACAGAAGACCCGAACUCCCUCGCGGCUCACGGUGAAAUUGGAGAACUCUGGAUCGAAGGACCGCUUGUGGGCAAAGGCUACUACAAGAUUCAAGCAAAGACCGCAGAAGCUUUCGUUGAAGACCCUUUAUGGCUCUUGCAAGGAGCUCAUGGCUCCGCGGGAAGACGUGGCCGACUUUACCGGACAGGAGAUCUUGUUCGCCGAGAAGGCCAUGAGCUGGUGUUCGCUGGUCGAAAAGAUGCUCAAGUCAAGAUCCGCGGUCAACGUGUUGAGCUCGGUGAUGUUGAGUAUCAUGUCGCGAGGAACCUCGAACAGACAGCAAAUGCUAAAGUCGUGGCGGAUGUUCUCAAACUCCAAGGAAGUCCAGAUGGAACACUAGUCGUCUUCCUCAAGUCUGAUGAAGAUCUCAGCGCCGCACUGCUGGAUCUGGAUAUCUUGUUGGCAGAAGUGCUGCCUGCAUACCUGAUCCCAUCAGUAUAUAUAUCUGUCGAAAGUCUUGGUCUGGAUGACAUACCAGUCACACCCACGGGGAAGACGGAUCGUCGAAGACUGCGGGAAAUUGGAUCUACGUUCACCUCAGACCAACUCGCCAAUCUCAAUCUUGCACGCAGGGCGUGGAAACCUCCCGAUACGCCGACAGAGAUUACAUUACGGAAGCUCUGGUCACAGGUGCUCCAGAUCCAACUCCAGAACAUCGGUGCAGACGAUACCUUUCUGAAGCUUGGGGGCGAUUCCGUAAAAGCGAUGCGACUUAUCCCUAUUGCUCGACGAGAAGGCAUCAAGCUUAGCGUGGCCGACGUCUUUAGCUUUCCGAUGCUUUCUGAUCUUGCACGUCACGUCGAUGAGAAUUUGUCGACGAAAGCUGAGUCCGAUGAACAUGGCUUCGUCGAACCUUUCGCACUGCUCAAAGGUGAGCAAGCAGUUGCACGACAAUAUGUUGCGGAUCUUUGCGGAGUGCCUCUUCCAGAUAUCGAGGAUAUCUUUCCGUGCACGCCACUCCAAGCAGGUCUCAUAGCUUUGUCUGCCCGAGGAAGUGUCGACUACGUGGUGCGGCAAUCUUUUGAGUUGAAACCGGAAGUCUGUCUAAACAGACUAGAGAAUGCUUUGGGCGAACUGAUUCAGGCCGAGCCAAUCCUCCGCACGAGGAUUGUUGACGUAGCAGGUGAAGGCUUAGUACAGAUCAUCGUCAGAAGGGCGCUUGAGCCAGUUCCGCGAGUUUCUGACGAACAUUUCCAGCAGAAGAGGGGAAUGUGUACAGCUCUUGCCCACUUCAGCUUCAGAACAGACAGCCCCAGUGGCAAAACAUUUUUGUCUUGGACGAUGCACCAUGCAAUUUGUGAUGGUUGGUCCGUCCCGCUCUUGCUCGAUCAACUAGAGCGAGCCUACUCUGAGCCACCCCUUCAGCCAUCGGGGCAGUCUCAAACAUUUGUCAAGCACGUCUCGUCGAUUGAUGAGGCCCAGUCCGCGGACUUCUGGCAACAUACACUGGAAGGCGCAGAGGCAGAACCGUUCCCCAAACUUCCUACUCCGAACUUUCAGACGAAGGCGGACGGCGAGGUAGAGCACGACAUACGAAGUCUCCGGUGGCCAAAGGGAGAAGUUACCCCCUCGACUGUCAUUCGUGCGGCGUGGUCGCUGCUUACCGCACAAUACACGGCCUGCAACGAUGUAGUCUACGGAGCUACUGUCUCUGGAAGACAAGCGGCUGUGCCAGGCAUCGAACUCAUGACGGGCCCGACGAUUGCCACAUUACCUGUUCGAACGGUCCUGAGGCCAGAAGAAAGCGUCUCGAACCUGUUAUCCAGGAUACAAAAGCACUCCAUCGAGUCAAUAGGACACGAACAGUUCGGCCUGCAAAACAUUCGACGGGCGAGCGGCGACGCAGAGAGAGCUUGUGACUUUCAAAGCAUCCUCUUGAUUCAACAUGCCGAUCAGAAUUCCGACAAAGAGAGCUCUGUCUUCAGCAAGGGGCAUCGAGUCCCGAAGUACGAGCUGAAAGAUUUCAAUCCGUACGCUGUGAUGCUGGAGUGUCAACUACAAGAUCAUGGAGUCUUCACUCGAAUUAGCUUCGAUUCUCGAGUCAUUGAGGCAAAACAAGCAUCGAGAAUGCUUCUACAGCUUGACAGGAUCUUGCGCCAACUAUGCUCCAUGCACAAUCAGGGGGUAAAGCUGGCCGAAAUCGAGACAGCCAGCGACCAAGAUACCAAAGCUGUCUUGCAAUGGAACAUGAAGGCCCCAAUUCCGGUGGAAAGAAGUGUCCACAAUCUUGUGGCUGCAAAUGCACAACGACAUCCACACGCCUUAGCUGUCUGUGCUCACGAUGGUGACCUCACGUACCGCGAGCUUGACGAUCUUUCAAGUCGUUUGGCGUUCCAUUUAGCUGUUCUUGACAUCGGUCCCGGCACGAUUGUACCCUUGAGCUUUGAGAAAUCAAGGUGGGUGCCUGUAUCAAUGCUCGCUGUCCUCAAGACCGGCGCUACAUUUGCUAUGAUACCCCCUUCUCUUCCCAAAGCACGACUGCAUGCCAUGCUGCAGACCGUGUCGGCGAAGGUCGUGCUGGCUCUUGCAGAGAAUGCUCAUCUGUUCCAGAUGCAACUUGUCAUCUGUCCCAGGCAGGCGCUGACCAGGCGUCUUGGGGCUCAAGAGCAAUUGCUACAUCGAAAGCUUCCCGCUUCGUCCAUGGCGGCAGUGAUGUUCACCUCUGGUUCUACCGGAAAUCCGAAAGCCAUCAUGCUGGAUCAUCGCAGUCUCGCUACCGCCGCUUUUUACCUUGGUCGAGAUUGCGCAGUCAACGAUUCCACUCGGGUCUUUCAAUUCGCGUCGUACUCGUUCGAUGUCAGCAUCCAUGAGACUUUUAUGGCACUGAUAUACGGUGCUUGUGUCUGUAUACCUUCAGAGAAGGACAGGGAGAACAACUUGGUCGGAUCGAUCGACAACAUGAGAGCCGACUGGGCGUGUCUUGCUCCCUCAGUGGCCGGCAUGCUCUCGUCAGAAGAUGUGCCAGCGCUCAAGACGUUGGUCUUUGCUGGAGAGAAGCUUACCUCGAGCCAUUUCUCCAAAUGGGCUGACAAAACCUCAGUAUUCAAUUGGUAUGGUCCAGCAGAGGCAUCAGUCUGUUCGAUAACUCCAGUAGAUCCUUUGACUUGGAACGACGGUGGCAUCGGAUCAGGUGCUGCGGCAAGAUGCUGGAUCGUUUCGAGAGAGAAUCCUAAUCUGCUGGCACCGAUUGGGGCGGCCGGUGAGCUGGUCGCAGACGGUCCGAUUGUCAUGAAGGGGUACCUGAAUGACCGGGCUAAGAGCGAUGCUGUGCGUCUCGCAAAUCCACCAUGGCUACCUUUGAAUGAAGAGAGAAAGUCAGAGGGUCGUCUUUACAGGACAGGCGAUCUCGUGCGUUACGCCUCCAACGGAUCGGUAGUGUACGUUGGUAGGAAAGAUGCUCAGGUCAAGAUUCGUGGCCAAAGAGUCGAGCUUGGUGAUAUCGAGCAUCAUGUCGAAAGAGAGCUCUUGCACACAAACAAGGCUAGCAUGCAGGUUGUAGCAGAAGUCAUCACACCACUGGCCAGCAACACCCCCAUGCUGGUUGCCUUUUUAAGGUCAAAUGGCGGAGAGGGAAGCGCUCUUGAUUUCAUCAGGCGAGGCCUGUUGAUCGGACUCGACGACAAGCUGGCUGAUCGUCUCCCGAAACAUAUGAUCCCCUCUGGGUACGUUGCUGUUGAUACCAUACCCACAACUCCUGCGGGCAAAGUCGACAGACGGCGUCUGAAGGCUGUUGGGGGUACUUUGACAGUAGAGCAGCUUCAUGCCAUGAAUCCUCAUCGUCAGACACAGGAGCCAGAGCAGGUGAAGACACCUGCAGAAAGACAGAUGCAGAAGCUCUGGGCAUCGGUGCUCAACAAGGAAGCAUCGACUAUUGCAAGAACAGACAGCUUCGUCCAGGCCGGUGGUGACAGCAUAGCUGCCAUGAGACUUGUUACAGCUGCACGACACCAUGGCCUGUCGAUCUCAGUCGCUGACGUCUUCAAAGCUCCCCGAUUGAUUGAGAUGGCGACUGUUUCUACUCCAAUCAUUGAAGAUAUGCAAAGCAUUGUUGAACCGUUCUCGCUCCUGGAAGACACCGAAGUUGCUCAAGCUGAGAUUGCUGCCACGCUAGAAACUUACCCAGCGUCAAUAGUGGACGCCUACCCUGUCGCAGAAUUCCAAGCAUCUUGCAUAGAAGGCGCUCUGAAGAUGCCGCCACAGCAACGGCACUGUUUCUACUUGGAUCUUCCAAAUGGGUACAGCCUGGAAAAGGCCAACGUCCUUUGCGAAAGCCUGUGGAACCAGAUUGAAGCUCUACGGACCAUAUUCGUGCGAUGGCGAGACCAGUACGUCCAGGUUCUGCAAACGGAUAUACGCCCAGAUAUCAAGCACCUCUCGACAUCUACCAGCACCGUUGAGCAACUCAUGGCACAUGUACUGGACGAAGACUCAUCUCAGCCUGGUGCUUUGGGGACCCCUUUCUGCAGAUUCUUCGUCUUUUCCAGGGCUCAAAGAGAGUGUCGACUAGCUGUUCGAUUGUCGCAUGCUCAAUUUGACGGCACCAGCUUGUUGCACUUGAUGAAAGCUGUCAAAGUCAUCCAUGACGAACAGACUGUUCCGCCCACGCCGAGGUUUUCCCACUUCAUGCGCCAUGCGAUCGACAACGCAGAAGCGGCACGAAGUCACUGGAGCAACCAUCUGCAAGGGUCCAGUCUUACCAAUCUUGAAACUGUGCAACACGGCAUCGAUGAACCUGGCUUGGUCGAGGUGACCAGGAGAGUCAGUUUGCCGCAGUCAGCCUCCGGAUAUACUGCAGCCACCAUCUUCACAUCCGCUUGCGCUCUAUUCCUAGCUGAGGCUUCUGCAUCUACAGAUGUUACUUUCGGUCGUGUGGUCUCUGGUCGAGCCAUGUUACCAGUGCAUCUUCGAGAUGCCGUCGGCCCUUGCCUGAAUAUCGUUCCAGUGCGAGUCCGCUCGAUCGACGAUACCGCAAAAGUCAUCCAAAGCGUGCACGACCAGAAUAUUGAUGGGAUGCCAUAUGAGACAUCGGGCUUCAAGGAUAUUGUUAAGCAUUGCACCGAUUGGCCGGAGUCGACUCGUUCAUUUGGCUGCGUCACGCAUUUCCAGGACCUUGGAGAUGCCGAAGAAGAGAUUGGUGGCGUGAUGAGGACUUUGAAAAAUUACCAAAGGGCCAAUGGUAACAUGCCUGAGGGUGGCGUCUUACGAAUAUCUGCUACGCCUGAGCAAGAUGGCAUGUUACGGGUGGAUUUAGCCGCGAAUGGGCGCUUCCACACCCACGAGCAGCUGUCUCGAUGGGCUGAUCAGCUGGCUGUGCAUCUACGACUGCUCCAGGGGUGA